AUGGCUGAGGACGACGUUCCCAACUACUUUUUGGUUGAUGGCGUUGAGGUCGUAAAUGUCUGGAUUGUGCGGGACAUCAACACCGGGACAGAGUUAGCUCGCUGGCCGAUAGCUACUCUGGGCCUAGCCAGUGACCUGUUGAACGGGAUGAGAAGAAGUAGACGGCGACGACGACAAAGACAUCGUAGAAGAAGACGAAGAUCGCCGUCUACCAGUGAAGAUGACCAGCCAAGGAGAAGGAGGAGGACAGAUUCAACACCACCUGCUGCUUCGUAUUCAGCCCCUCUGAGUAGUCCGGAACUACUCGAGGACCACCCUAGAAGCCCGUCCCCUCCAAGAAGACCACCAACUCCUACCUGGUCACCCAGUCAUCCCCCGGGAGCAUCUGCUGGACAGUGGGAUUCCUCCGUAGAUUCGGAUUGGACCCCUCCCGUUAACAACGAUUGGGCUGGACAGGGGGCUUCUUCAUCCGUUGAUUCGGAUUGGUCCCCUCCCGUCAACGAUGACUGGGCACCUUCCCCGGAACUGGCUAGACCACCACCACCUUCCCCGGAGCUGGCUAGACCACCACCCCCGACCCCGGAGAUGUCACCAGGUGUGAGUACUACGGGGCCAAUUCCUAGAUGGGGGAUUCAAGUCGCAGCAGCCAGGAUGGAUUCCUGUGCAGUUUGCUUGGAGGAGGAUCGGAUGUCCAAUUACAUCUGCUGUCAGUGUCGCCGUCGACCGGCUUGUCUCGAGUGUUCAGCUGUGCUGGUACAGAUGAACCAAUGUUGCCCUCUGUGUAGACGCAGGCUUUCGAGAUAUGCAGCUCGCGGGCGAGGAUUGAGACCCCCUCCUCCAAGACAGCCAUCUCCACCCCGACCCGGAAGACCAGACUUUAUGGAGCCGUUGACCGGUAACCAACGACCUCCCCUCUCAGACCGAACAGAGUUCGCUGGCAGAGGCGUAGGCAGAGGUAGAGGCAGGCCUCUCAGGGAGUAA